AUGAUUGCAUCUUCUACAGCUCCGCAAUGUCUAUUGCUGGCUAUUCUAUUUCUGUUUCUAUUGGUGCCUUCCAGUUUGAGCUCAAGCGUCAAAACAGAACCAGCAUACAAAAGAAAAGAGAGAAUAACUGCACAACAUGGGGCUGUUGUCGCUGAUGAUGGGCGAUGCUCUAGAGUUGGAAAUAAAGUUCUUCGUGAGGGAGGUCAUGCUGUUGAUGCAACAGUUGCUGCUGCACUUUGUUUGGGAGUUGUUAGCCCAGCAUCCAGUGGCAUUGGUGGAGGUGCAUUUAUGAUUGUUCGAUCUGCUGAUGGAAAAUCUCAGGCCUUUGAUUUCAGAGAAACUGCUCCAAAGAAAGCUUUCAGGGAUAUGUAUUCGGGAAAUGGAACUCUGAAAGCUGCUGGUCCACUUUCUGUAGCAGUCCCAGGGGAACUGUUAGGCCUUUAUCUUGCAUGGAAGCAAUAUGGAAGGCUUCCAUGGAGUAGGCUUGUUAAGCCAGCUGCACGAUUUGCUAUUCAUGGGUUCAGGAUAUCACCAUAUCUCCGCAUGCAGAUGGUCGCGACAGAAUCAGGUAUUAUGGCAGAUAAAGGACUUCGUGAUAUUUUUACAGCAAAUGGCACUCUUUUGAAGGCAGGGGAUACAUGUCACAACGUAAAAUUGGGAGAGGUACUGAUGGGAAUUUCCAAGUCCGAGAUGACGCCUUUCUAUAAUGGUUCAGUUGGAUAUAAUUUGGUUAAAGAUGUCUCAGAGGCAGGAGGCAUCCUUACCAUGGACGAUCUGCAGCAAUACCAAGUUAAGAUAAGAGAACCUAUCACUACAACUGUCAUGGGAGUCGAUAUCAUAGGUAUGCCUCCUCCUUCAUCUGGAGGACCUGCUAUGGCCCUAAUACUAAAUAUUCUAGCACAAUAUGGAGCUGCUUUGAAUAGUUCAAGACCACUUAUGAUGCAUAGAGAAAUCGAAGCAUUAAAACAUGCUUUUGCCGUGAGGAUGAACCUUGGUGAUCCAGAUUUUGUCGACAUAAAAGCUGUCUUAAAUGAUAUGCUCUCAAUCAAAUUUGCAAAAGAAUUGCAGAAGACCAUCUACGAUACUAUGACUUUCAGUCCUCCCUAUUAUGGAGGAAGGUGGAAUCAGAUUAAUGAUCAUGGAACUAGCCAUUUGUCUAUCAUAGAUAAGGACAGAAAUGCUGUCUCCAUUACUAGCACGAUAAACGGAUACUUUGGUGCUAAAUUUCUUUCACCAUCUACUGGAAUAAUACUGAACAACGAAAUGGAUGAUUUCUCGAUGCCUGAAAAUACUUCUGCAAAUGAACCUCCACCUUCACCUGAGAAUUUCAUUCAUGCUGGUAAAAGACCUCUGUCAUCCAUGUCACCUACUAUUGUAGUCCAGGGAGGAAAUCUGAAGGCUGUUGUCGGCGCAAGUGGAGGAAGCAGGAUAAUCGCCGCUACAGCUGAGGUUUUCCUGAAUCAUUUUGUCAACGGAAUGGAUCCUCUGGCUUCUGUCAUGUCUCCAAGAGUGUAUCAUGAGUUAAUUCCAAAUGUGGUGCAUUAUGAAGACUGGAAAGUUGUGACUGGAGAUCAUAUUGAGGUUCCUGAAGAAAUUAGGAGUUUCCUUAAAAAGAGAGGUCAUGUCCUAGAAGGGCUUGCUGGUGGAACAAUCUGUCAAUUUGUGGUUCAAGAUUUGAAAUCAGGUAAACUUGUGGCAGUAAGUGACCCAAGAAAGGGUGGUUUUCCAGCUGGUUAUUAA